CUCGGUGACUUCAACUGAACAAUGGUUAACAUGAGCUAUCAGCCACCUCAACAGAAAUACAUACAUACCCCGAGUCCAAGAGAGACCAGAAAGCGACAUAAUAAAAGAAAAAGGAAUUUCUGGGACAAAAUAUCGCCAACAACACACAACCACACUUGAUUAAGAAGAAACGCUUUUAAGGUCUGCUGUGCUGGGUGUGGAAGCAUAUCGAAUCGUGUCUGUGCGUUAGCGGCUGAUUGGUGAGGAUGACUGCGGAGUGGCUGUACCCCCCUGGCGUAGGGCCGCUGUGUGGUGCAGAGUUGGAGGCGUGGUAUGAGGACCUGCAGGAUAUACUGGGCUCCGACGCAGGUGGGGCCAAGCACACACGCGCCCCGCCCUGCGCCGAGAAGGAGCCGGAGUUCCUGGACGUUCUGGAGAGCUGCUCUCUCACCUGGCUGACGGAAGGGCAGGUGUGGGGGGAGGGGGUGCAGCGUGUGAUGGAGGAGCAGCCGCCGCCGCUCCCUGGCCACCCCCCGGCCUCCUGCCUCAGCCCCCCGCCUCAGGAGGAGCGGCGUGGGGCAGGAGAAGCGGGGAGCUCCGGUAGCGGUGGAGAUCUGCUGCCUCCGGAGUUCUUCGAGCUCUUGAGCGAGGGUGGAGUCGGGCUGGUGGAAACCGGGGCAGUAAUGGUGACCAGCGGCUAUCAUCAUCACCACCAGCACCCCCCACACCCCCCGCCCGCCUCUCCGGCCGCCAGCGAGGAGGACCUGCCCACCGUUCCCGACUCAUCGUCCUGUUCCUCCUCAUCCUCGGCCUCGGAGUCGCCUUCUCUCAACUGCUCACCUCCGUCCUCCCCACCUACCCUCUCUUCACCUGCCUCUGCCUCGUCCGCCUCCUCCCAGCGCCUGGGCAAGCGGAAGAGGGGGAGCGCCCUGGCCUCACCUCCCUCGGGGAAGAAGAGCCGGAAGGAGAGGGAGCAGGAGAACGAGAGGAAGGUGCAGGAGCUGACAGACCAGAACGAGCGGCUGAAGGCGGAGAUCGAGCGGCUCGGGGAGGAGGUGCAGCGGACGCGCCGAGCGCUCAUUGAGAGGCUCGUUAACACCAGGAAGUGAGGGAUGGGAAGCCAGAGAGAGAUUAGAUUGAAAAGAAGGAAAGAAUAACUAGUAACAUGUCCUGUGGUAACCAUGAAAUGCACAUUUAGAAAGAAGAGAGAAAGAUAGAGGAAAAAGACAUGUGGGAACUGGGGGAGAGAGGGAUUCAUUAAGAGUCUCCCCUAAGAAUGGAAGAGCGAGAGAGAAAGCGUGUUGAGGAAGUCAGAUUUAGCCAUAGAAAGAUACGUGGACCCCAGAUUUGGAGUCAGAAGAAGACUCAACUUCAGGCACCUUAUUUGUAAAUUAAUAAACGUUUUGCUACGCAAGUACCUGACUGUAGGUUUAUCAUCUUUCCUUAAACAUUACAGCUGCAACACAUUGCUCGUGGACUCGAAUGAGGACUGUAGAAGUAUGUGUAAUAAGACACAGACAGCUUAUAAGAUGGUAAUAGACUCCUGGGGUGGGUGUAACUGGCAAGUACAGCUAUGAUGAGGUUUUGCCCAACCUCUAAAAACGGAGCGUGUACUAUUUGUCUGUUUACCCUUAAUAGAAAAAACGGAUUUUUAGAAGUGUAAAAUGGUUAGAAGUGAGGAUUCCAGGUGCAUUUCAUUGUAACCCAUUUACAGAUGCAGUUCAACAUCUUUUUAUAUCAUUCAUAAAUAAAGGGCUUAUAAACACAAUAUAAAUAUUACAAAGCCACGCCUAGUUUAGAGAUUAACAGCUCAGGAAUGUUUUUGAGAGCGAUUGCGUUUGUGAUAUUUGUUUCUUUGGUUUUUUUUUUAUUUUCUGAAGCUCAGCUCAAGCCAAGGCCUCUAAGCGUAUAAGUGUGGGAAAAGGCGAGAAAUGUGGUUGGGUGUAGUACUCAUUUUGUUUUCACUAAUUUUCUUAAUCUUUCUUUUUUAAUAGAAUUAGCUGUUUACAAUGUGCAGUUCAGCCCAAUCCACACUUAUUUUUCUAUUUUAUCUGCCUAUGUAAAUCUUUUAUCAUUAUAUAUAAUCAUUUCUCAUACUGUAGCAUUGUAGUAUUGUGUAACAAUUUACAAUAUGCAUGCAUGCCAAAUUGAUGUAUUUACAUAGUCAAACAGUUAGAAUAUCAUUUUGUAUUUACUUAUUGUAUUGUACACAUUUACUAAUAAAAUUUUCAACAAAA